GUUGGGUUGCGGGCAAGCCGCAGGCUUUGCAAUGUCAAUCCAUGGAUAUUACACCUUGCACUCAUGAUCGACUUGUAUCAUACACUGCGCGCAUCACCAUUUCUUUUACGGACUGGUCUGAGCACGCCAAUAACUUCCAGACGAAACAAAUGGACGAUGAGGCCAUUGCAAAGUAUCUCAAACACUUCCGUGCAGACAAUAUUGUCAGAGACUGCGAGACCAUUCGACACUUUCUCCUCGAUGGCAAGAAAGGUCCUGAAGCACGUAAAUGGACAAUACUCGGACAAAGUUUCGGAGGCUUCUGUGCCGCAACCUACCUUUCAUUUCACAGCGAUGGCCUAAAGGAGGUCUUCAUCGCUGGCGGCAUCCCACCCAUGGUCGACUCUCCCGACCCAGUCUACGAGGCCCUCGUUAUGAAGGUGGAAGAACGAAACAGGGUUUACUAUGCGAAGUAUCCCCAAGAUGUUCGAAAUGCCCGUCUGAUCUUAGGUUUCCUAGAGGGCAACGAUGUAGUCAUUCCGAACGGCGGGAAUCUGACGGUCUCGCGGUGGCUACAACUCGGCCUGCAGUUUGGAUCGCAUGGUAGCAUCGAUCGGGUUCAUCGUAUGUAA